CUUCAAAAAGCAUUAAAUCUGAAUAUUUUUAUUACACAGAUAUGAUUUCAUUGAAAUUCGUGAUGGAGAUUCGGAAAAUGCAGAGCUGUUGGGCAAACAUUGUGGCAAUAUUGCUCCAUCUACAAUCACAUCAUCCGGUUCGCAUAUCUACAUCCGCUUUAUCUCUGACUAUGGCCGUCAAGGUGCUGGAUUUUCACUGCGCUAUGAGAUCUUUAAGACAGGCUCUGAAGAUUGUUCAAGGAACUUUACCAACACUAAUGGCACCAUUGAAUCUCCUGGCUAUCCAGACAAAUAUCCACACAACCUUGACUGUGUAUUUACUAUUUUGGCCAAGCCAAAGAUGGAGAUCAUCCUGCAGUUUCUGAACUUCGACCUUGAGUAUGACCCUCUCCAAGUUGGGGAAGGCGACUGCAAAUAUGAUUGGUUGGACAUCUGGGAUGGCAUUCCAAAUGUGGGGCCCUUGAUUGGCAGGUAUUGCGGUACGAAGACCCCCUCCGAGAUCCGCUCUUCAACUGGCAUACUCUCUCUCACCUUUCACACCGACAUGGCGGUAGCUAAAGAUGGCUUUUCAGCUCGCUUUUACCUUGCCCCUCAGGAGGUCCCUGAAACAUUUCAGUGCAAUGUUCCUUUGGGACUGGAGUCUAGGCGAAUAUCCAAUGAGCAAAUUACCUCAUCUUCAACAUAUACAGAUGGAAGGUGGACAGCCCAGCAGGGAAGACUUAAUAGUGAUGACAAUGGCUGGACACCCAAUAUGGACAACAACAAGGAAUACCUGCAGAUUGAUCUCCGCUCCUUGACUCUGCUGACAGCUGUGGCAACCCAAGGUGCUGUCUCAAAAGAAACACAGACUACCUAUUAUGUCAAAUCAUACAAGCUGGAAGUUAGCACCAAUGGUGAGGACUGGAUGAUGUUUCGUCAUGGCAAAAACCACAAGAUUUUUCCUGGGAACAAUGACGCAACAGAAGUGGUUUUGAACAAGAUUCCUCAGCCAGUGUUAACCCGAUUUGUGCGCUUUCGUCCUCAGACAUGGCAUAUGGGAAUAGCUAUGAGAGUGGAGCUAUAUGGCUGCCAGAUUACAGAUUCUCCUUGCUCUAAUAUGUUGGGAAUGAUGUCAGGCCUUAUUUCAGACUCCCAAAUUACAGCUUCUUCUGCCAGGGAUUACCUGUGGCAGCCUGGAGUAGCACGAUUGGUCAGCAGUCGAUCUGGCUGGUACUCUCUUAUGUCCUCUGAAGACGCAGGAAAGGAAUGGCUGCAAGUGGAUUUGGGUGCCCUGAAAACUGUCAAAGGGAUCAUUAUACAGGGAGCUCGUGGGGUAGACACCUCCACUGAAAACAGAGCAUUUGUUAGGAAAUUUAAAGUUGGAUACAGCUUGAAUGGAAACGAUUGGGAGUUUGUAAAGGAUCCAAAAACAGACCAAGCCAAGUUGUUUGAGGGCAAUAUGCACUAUGACACCCCAGAAGUCCGAAGAUUUGAGCCAGUGGCUGCACAGUUUGUCCGUGUUUAUCCAGAAAGGUGGUCUCCAGCUGGCAUGGGCAUGAGGAUGGAGAUACUGGGUUGUGACAGAACGGAAACCAAACCUAUCUCAGAGACUGUGAAGCCUACUAUCAAAACAGAGGAAACUACAACAAUUGUGGUUCCGGAAGAGGAAAAUAGUGAAUCUACUGGUACUGAAGAUUGCCAGGUCCCAUCAGGAUUUAAUUGCAAUUUUGACCAUUCAGAAGAUGUGUGCAGCUGGACACAUGAUAUUGAAGCGGAUUUUACAUGGUCUUUCCAUCCUAAUAGUCCAUGGAUAGGACAUUCAAGCUCUAUUCCUGUGAGCAGUACAAACUAUUUACGCCUGCCCAGCAGCGGGAGAAAAGAGGGACAACAUGCUCGUUUAAUAAGCCCCAAAAUGCACCAGCACAGGUGUGUCCUCUGCUUGGUGUUUCACUAUCGUGCUUCAGGAACUAGUGGUGGAACGUUACAGGUGCUAAGAAGAUCUAGCCAAGGGACCAAGUUACUGUGGAAAAUUAGAGAGGAACCAGGAGGUGAAUGGAAAGAUGGCCAUAUCCUCUUGCAAAGCGAUGAGGGAGAUUAUCAGGUUGUCAUUGAGGGAAUUGUUGGAAGGGGCCAGUCAGGAGAGAUAUCUGUGGAUGACAUUCGAAUAGCUAAUGACAUCCCCUUGGAGCACUGUAUGGAACCAAUUACUGCUUUUCCCCACCCAACAGUAUAUCCUGUGGAUGUACCUGUGAUAAAAAAUUUUGAUAAUCAGGGUCGCCGCUAUGGAGGAAAAAUUGAUGAGUACGAGUUCUACACACCUUUUCCCACCAGUAAUGUGGUAACUCCAAGGACUGACAAAGAAGAAAGCUGGCUUUAUACUUUGGAUCCAAUUUUAGUUACUAUCAUUGCUAUGAGUUCCCUUGGAGUACUGCUUGGAGCUAUUUGUGCUGGUCUUCUACUGUACUGCACUUGCUCUUACACAGGCCUUUCUUCUCGUAGCUCAACUACCUUGGAGAACUAUAACUUUGAGCUCUAUGAUGGAAUAAAGCACAAAGUAAAAAUGAAUCCACAGAAGUGUUGUUCUGAAGCAUGA